AUGGUAGUCCACAAAAAGAGUAUUAAUAAAAAAAAAAAAGGCAGGAACAUGUACGAGUUGUACUUAAGUAUGCAUGAAGAGAAGUAUAAAAAAGUGGAAGAAGAAAAAAGUACAAAUGAUGAAGCUUAUGUUGUAGAUUUAGAAAGAGAGGUAAAAAUAAAGUUAGAAGAACAAAGUAAUUUAUUGUCAAUUAAAGGUAUAGAUAGAGUUGAUAUACAACAGAAAAAAGGAAAACAUUCAAUUAUAUGUAUUCAUUAUAUUAAAAAUAUGUGUAUGAAAAAUUUAUUUUGUAAUUAUUUACAUCAACUUAUAUAUUCAAGAAUACCUACAUGUAAAAAUUAUUUAAAGUAUAAUUAUUGUGCUGAUAGGGUAAGAGGUUCAUGUAUGUUUCGUCAUACUUUAGAAAAUACAAAUAGUAAUUAUUACAACGAUAAUAAGGAUGAAUAUUUAGAUGAUAUUAUCAAAUUUCUACAUGAAAAAAAUAUAUGUGUAAAUUAUCUCUUAGGUUUUUGUAAUUUAGGAUAUAACUGUAGAAAAAUUCAUAUAAAUAGGACAAGAAAAUAUAUUAACAUUAUAAGUAUCCUGCCCAAGUUUUAUUUAGAUGAAAUACUAAUAAAUAAAAGCUUAUAUACCAAUCUAUAUAGUAACUCGAAAAAGUUUAUAAAUGAUAUGAAUAAAUUAAGGGAUGCUUUAAUAGUACUAAGUGGUGAGAAGUAUUAUGAUAAAACGAAUAUUUCGUCCAAAAAUGAAAAAGAUUAUAACUUAACAGAUCAUUUUAAAAAUACAAAUACCAUGAUGAAUAAUAAUAAUAUUAAUGAAAGUCAUCAUAUUAUUCCAAAUAGUAAUGGUACCAGCAGUAGUAGACUGGAUACUCCAAGUUCGAGUAAUGUCGAAGCGUACACCAUGCUUAAUAGGCAAUCUGCAGUGUUGAUGGAUGUAAGCGGAAUGGUUGGUGUGCACAUGAAUGGGGUGGAAAUAAACAAUAAGAGCAACAAUAACAGUAGUAACGCAGUUCCUGGGGUACCAAAUGAUAGUAUCAUUAAAGUUAACAUUGACAGGAGUGACAAUAACUUGGGUAACAGUAAUAAUGAUAAUAAUAAUAGUAAUAGUAAUAGUAAUAGUAAUAGUAAUAGUAAUAAUAAUAACAAUAAUAAUAAUAAUAAUAAUAAUAAUAAUAAUAAUAAUAAUAAUAAUAAUAAUAAUAAUAAUAAUAAUAAUAAUAAUAAUAAUAAUAAUAAUAAUAAUAAUAAUAAUAAUAAUAAUAAUAAUAAUAAUAAUAAUAAUAAUAAUAAUAAUAAUAAUAAUAAUAAUAAUAAUAAUAAUAAUAAUAAUAAUAAUAAUAAUAAUAAUAAUAAUAAUAAUAAUAAUAAUAAUAAUAAUAAUAAUAAUAAUAAUAAUAAUAAUAAUAAUAAUAAUAAUAAUAAUAAUAAUAAUAAUAAUAAUAAUAAUAAUAAUAAUAAUAAUAAUAAUAAUAAUAAUAAUAAUAAUAAUAAUAAUAAUAAUAAUAAUAAUAAUAAUAAUAAUAAUAAUAAUAAUAAUAAUAAUAAUAAUAAUAGUAAUAGUAAUAGUAAUAGUAAUAGUAAUAAUAAUAGUAAUAAUAAUAAUAGUAACAGUAACAGUGUUAUGUAUAAUCAGGCGUGGGAAGAAGGGCAUGGUAGCAGCGGCCACAUAGAUAUUAGGAUAAACCAUAACAACUGUAUGGAGGAGAAAUAUUUAAAUAAAUAUAAUACUAUAUUGAAUAACUGGAAUAAUGAAAAGGCAUAUCAGCACAGUAAUAUGAAUAAGAACUGUUCAUAUAAUAACGAAAAUAAAAUGAUAGGAACAAAUAACGACAUGGUAUUAAAUAUACCUAAUGUAUACGACAUAAAUAAUAGCAAGUUGAUUGAAAAUGAUAAAAUAAAAGUUUUUGUUAUCAAAUGUAAUCAAAUAUCACAUUUAUAUUUAUCUAUAUUAUAUGGAGUUUGGGCAACUGGUAAAAACAAUACAAGAAAAUUUAUCAAUUUAUUUAAAGAAAAUUAUACUAUAAUUUUUAUAUUUUCUGUUAAUGAAAGUGGAGGAUUUCAAGGAUAUGCAAAAAUGAUAACAAUGCCGAUAAGAAAUUUAUUUGAAAAUUUAUGGGGUCCAAUUACUAAAAGAUUAGGUGGUAAUUUCCGUAUUCAAUGGAUAAAAAUAGCCAAAAUCGAUUUUGAAGUUUUUAAAAAUAUGGUUAAUCCUUAUAAUAAUAAUUUACCUUUAAAAAAAAGUAGAGAUGGUACUGAGUUGCCUUUAAAUUUAGCUGCAAUUAUUUGUAAUAAAAUUCAUAUUUUACCCAAUGAGGAUUUCUUAGCUGGAACGAUAUAUGAAUAUAAAAGAAGGAUUAACCACUCUUCCUUUUUUCUUAAUUUACAUAAACAAAAUUUACUUAAUACAAAUACCAUGUGGGAUAUGCUCAUUUUUAAUUUAAAUCAAAAGUCCGAUUGCCAACAGAUUACGUUCGUCGAUGGAACAGAACAGAGCAUUACAUAA